AUAUGGUACAUCAGUGAAUGGAUGGCCAUGGGCAAACCGAGCACCUUCCAGCUGGUGGAGCUGGGCCCAGGGAGGGGCACCCUCACCGAGGACAUACUGCGGGUCUUCAAGCAGCUCUCCUCUGUUCUUAGUAAAUGUGAUGUCUCUGUUCAUCUGGUAGAAGUGAGCCCCAAACUCAGCGAGAUCCAAGCAGUGAUGCUGACAGGAGGGAAGGCGCAGCCAAGCCCUGAGGAUGAGUCUGCUUACAUGAAAGGCAUUAGCAAGACUGGAAUUCCCAUUUUUUGGUACAGAGACAUUCAAGAUGUGCCUGCAGGUUACAGCUUUUAUCUAGCACAUGAGUUCUUUGAUGCCCUGCCAAUACAUAAGUUUCAGCGAACGGAGAAAGGCUGGCGUGAGGUCUUGGUUGAUAUUGACCCAGAAGUUCCUGACCAGCUGCGGUUUGUCCUGUCACCAUCCAGGACCCCUGCAACACAAAACUUCAUUCAGCCAGAAGAAACAAGAGACCACGUGGAAGUGUGUCCUGAGGCUGGUGUCAUUGUGCAGAGGCUGGCCUCUCGGAUAGAGAAGGAUGGUGGGGCUGCUCUGGUUGCAGAUUACGGCCACGACGGAACCAAAACUGACACUUUCCGGGGUUUCCGGAAUCACAAACUUCACGAUGUGCUGAGUGCUCCAGGUACAGCAGACCUGACAGCAGAUGUUGACUUCAGCUACCUUCGAAAGAUGGCACAGGGAAAAACAGCUACAUUAGGCCCUAUAAAACAGAGGGAGUUUUUAAAGAACAUGGGCAUUGACCUCCGACUGCAGGUGCUCUUGCAGAAUUCAGGUGACACAGCAACUCGUGAGCAGUUACUUCACAGCUAUGAUAUGCUGAUGAAUCCUGAGAAGAUGGGGGACUGUUUUAAUUUCUUUGCCCUGCUGCCUCACCACAGACUUGUACAUCCUGACAAGAAAGAUAAGCCAGAAUCAAAGUCUCCCCCCCUACCACCUGUUGCUGGAUUUAAUGAACUGUUACUAAAGUAAUUUCAAAUACUAUCACAAAAUGCAUGAUGGCUGUUUCAGAAUAAGUCUGGUGCAGCACACCAAACCUCUGGACUGACCUACUCAAAGCAGUAUGAGUGGAAAUAAAAGACUACACAUACAGAAGCCAGAACACACAGAGCAGAGAAUGAACAGUGGUUUGGGGUUCUUAUGAAAGAACAGAUUGAAAUAUUUACUAGUUGAAUCAAAACUUGUCAGUAACAAACAUGCACUAAGGAUACUUUAAAUGUAUUCAAGCUUUGGUACUUGAAUAAAAUCAAGAUGCCUUGA